CGGUAAAAGUGAAAGCACGUGGUGCUGAUAGGUUAUGAAUUUUAUUUUUGUUAUAGAUCUAAGAGCUGGUGGUUCCGCAUAAUUUUAUUCUGGUAAAUACUCAGAUAAUUGUCAAAAUGAGUGGGUUCGUAAUGACCAGAGCCGCUCAAGUUAAAAAAAAUGCCCAAGAUAAUUUUGUCGCUGUCACUUACACGGCUCCGAAGAAAAAAAUUAAAAAACCUGGAGAAGCAGUAGAGAAAAUAAAUGAAUCACAAGACAAAAAAGAAGAUCAAGAAAAAGAGAUGAAACGUCUCCGCUGGGAUGUCAUGAAGUUUGGAUCCUCAGGAUUCGAAGGCGCAGCGAAACAUAAAGCGAAAGUUGCAUUGGCGAUUUCCCUGGGGGCUAAGCCGCCGAAAAACAGACGGAUGAAUUACAAAAAUUUGAAGUUGAAACGGAGUAGAGAGAAAGAGAAAGCUGCUAAGGAACAGGAACAUCAGUCAGGGCUGGCGAACAGUUUGAAGAAAACGAUCAAGAAAAAGAGGGUGAGGAAGGAAGCGGGAAUUUUAGAUGUCUAUGGAAAGGUUCCUAAAAGAUCAAGAGACAGGACGAAAUAAAAGCAGCAGUAAAUAUAAAUUAUUUGCUUACAUGAUUUACAACAUUUAUUUUAGUUCUUUUUUUUUUUUUUUUUUCUAUUGCUAUGGGUAACAUUUGUCUAUAUGUAUCACCUUGUUGUAGACUACGCAGCAUAUAACGAGUAAUAAAAUAAUAUAUAUAUUUAUAUUUA